CCUUCAUUUUUGCUAUCCCAUGCCCAAAUUGUUACAAUUAAUUAACUUUUCCCAAAAGCUAGCAAAGUAAUGGCACCAUCAUCAUCACUAGCAACUCCCAUUACCAUUACCAAUACCAAGGGUCGAGUGUUGAUUGUUGGAGCAACAGGUUUUAUGGGAAAGUUUGUGGCUGAGGCAAGUAUUACCACAUCACAUCCAACUUAUUUGUUGGUUCGGCCAGGACCUCUUAUUUCUUCUAAGGCUUCCAUUAUUAAAGCCUUUCAAGACAAAGGUGCCAUUGUCAUUUAUGGCGUGGUAAAUAAUAAGGAGUUUAUGAAGACGAUUUUGAAAAAGUAUGAAAUAGACAUUGUCAUUUCUGCAAUAGGGGCUGAGAGCUUGCUGAAUCAGCUUACUUUGAUCGAGGCCAUGAAAUCAAUUAAGACUGUAAAGAGGUUUUUGCCUUCAGAAUUUGGGCACGAUGUGGACAGGGCAGAUCCUGUGGAGCCAGGCCUAGCAAUGUACAAAGAGAAGCGUUUAGUUAGGCGUGUGAUUGAGGAAUCAGGUGUACCAUACACCUACAUCUGUUGCAAUUCUAUCGCAUCUUGGCCUUACUAUGACAAUUGCCAUCCAUCACAGCUUCCUCCACCUUUGGAUCAAUUGCACAUCUAUGGUCAUGGCAAUGUCAAAGCUUACUUUAUUGAUGGGUAUGAUAUUGGAAAGUUCACAAUGAAGGUGGUCGAUGAUGAUAGAACAAUCAACAAAAAUGUUCAUUUUCGACCUUCUACCAACUGUUAUAGCAUGAAUGACCUUGCUUCUUUGUGGGAAAAUAAAAUUGCUCGUCAAAUUCCAAGAGUCACCAUCUCUGAAGAUGAUCUUCUAGCAAUCGCUGCAGAAAAUUGCAUACCAGAAAGUAUUGUGGCAUCAAUCACCCAUGAUAUAUUCAUCAAUGGAUGUCAAGUUAACUUUAACAUAGAUGGAGUUCAUGAUGUUGAGAUUAGCAAUCUGUAUCCUGGUGAAUCAUUCAGAAGCUUGGAGGAUUGCUUUGAUAACUUUGUUCUCAUGGCUGCUGAUAAGAUUCAUAAAGGAGAAACUGAAGUUACUGGUACAAAGGCUUUAGUAGAAGCAGUGCCAAUCACAGCUUCCUGUUAAAAAGAGGAUAUUUGUUUUGAGUCAUAAUUAGGAUAUGUUUGAUGUUAUUUUGAAGACUGUUUCACUUCAUGUAUCUUAUUAAGAUAACCUAAGUAUAAACCACUGUUGUCUAAGACUCUAAGUAUUUUGUCACAUUAUUCUUGCUACUUUGUGUUGGGGUAAAGCUCUUCAUGUAGUUUAGCAUUUUCAUAUUUGAUAUUUGCCAUAAUGAUUUACAACAAAA